AUGUUACAAUUCGAAUGGCUGCCAAAUGAAGUUUUACUUGAAAUUUUUCAAUAUCUUCAUGAUGUUCAACUAUAUUGUGCUUUCUAUGGUUUGAAUUGUCGAUUGAAUCGACUAUUGGCCAUUCAUUCUCGAGUUUAUCAUUUCGAUUUUCGAUCGAUCUCCAAACGUGAGUUUGAUUUGAUUUGUAAAGAACAUUUUCCAUCGAUUAGUCAUCGUGUUAAAUCGUUAUUUUUGUCAAAUGAUGAUCAAACACCGAAUUUAUUCAAUCGAUUCUAUUCGUAUCGAUUUGAAUUUGUUCGUUUACAAUCGUUAUGCAUUGAUUCGGUGAAUUGCCUUUCGUUGGUCAAUGAACUUCUGUUCGAAUGUCGACGGUUAACAAAUUUACGACGAUUAUGUUUGUUCAAAUGUGAUUUUAAAGAUCAGAAGAUGUUUGUUGAUUUAAUUGAAAAUAUUUGGAAUCUGAAAAAGUUAAUUUCGUGUCGAAUCGAUCAUCGAUUUCCAUACGAUUUGAAAUUGAUAAAUGAAACGAGAAAUUCGACUUUGGAAAAUCUUUCGUUGGAGAAUUUUCAAGUUGAUCUGAAUGUAUUGACGCAUUUAUUUCAAUGUACGCCAUCGCUUCGACAAUUGAAUGUAAGUUUAAUUCAACGAUUGGAAACCGAUCGAAUUCAUUUGGAGAAACCAUCAACCAUCACUUUACUCAAAAUUUCCUUUCGAAAAUCAUUUGAUUUCAUGUACAUUUUAUUUCAAAAUUUCCCAUUUUUAAAACGAAUGGUCAUUCAAACCUUUCGUUUAUAUUUAACUGGAAAUGAUUGGAAAAAGAUUAUUCGUAAUUGUUUACCAAAAUUAGAAGAUUUUCAAUUAAAAAUGGAAAUGAAAUUUCCUCAUCCAAAACAUAUCGAAGAACAAUUAGAAGAAUUGAUCAAAUCUUUUCAAACACAAUUCUGGAUUGAAGAUAAACAAUGGUUCGUUCAAUGUGAUUGGUUCAACUUCGGAAUCAGUCAAUUAGCUACUUUAUACACAAUUCCGUACACAUUCGAUGAAUAUCUUUUAACAAACAAAUAUUGGUCAAAGUCAACUUCUCCUCAGAAUAUCAAUUAUCAAUCAUUUCAUUGUGUGAAUAAUCUUACAGUGAUCAAUCUUAACGAGAAACUUGAUGAUUUUAGAAAUGUUGAUCAUUUAAAGUUGAAUCUUCCAUUAGGAAAUCAGUUUUGGUUGUCACUUCCAUGGUUUGAUCGAUUGAUAUCGUUGGAAAUUACAUUUGUUGAACGAUCGAUUUACAUUCCAUUCCAAGUGUUACUCGAUCGAUCAUCUCGACUUCAAUCGAUCUGUUUCGGUAAAUGUUCUGAUAUGGAAAUUGUAUCGAAAUUAACAAGUCAAUCGGUUCGUCGAUUAGAUUUUUUAACCAAAAAUGUUUACAAAAACUAUUUUACAAAACAACAAUGCUCAACUUUACGUCAUUCUUCUCUUGGAUCUCAAUGCAAAUCACUUCUAAUACCCGUCGAAAGUCGAACGGAUGUGAUUUAUUUAGCAAAAUCUCUUCCGAAUCUUCACUCGUUGACUUUCCAAUGCAAAGAUGAUCCGUUUGACGAUGGAUUUCUCCAUUGGUUCCAUCGACAUUUACCUUCUACAUGUUCAGUCGAUCGAGAUGCGAAUCAAACAUCACAUAUUCGUUUAUGGAUUCGUUAA